UUUCCACACAAAAUCUAUUUAACUAUAUUUUAAUGUUUAAUUAACUAUCAUAGUAGGUAAGGACACUAUUACAAAGCCAAGUAGAUGCACAAGGAUCAAUUCUUUUAUUAAAUAGAAUUUGGGAGGAUAUGUCCUCUAUUGGCCAGUCAAGAUUCAACAGGAUCAGUAUCCAUCCCUUUUUAUUUCUACUACUUCACAGCUCCUUGUAAGGGUUUCUGUACAUCAGCAUGCAUGGAUGGGAAACACCAUCAUCCAAACCAAAAUGCAUUUAUACAAAAUUUGGCCCUUUGAAUGGGCUGGUUAACAGAAGAGCUUUUGGAAUUUAAAGAAUAAGUUCUUUAACAAUGACUUUGCUCCCAACUAUGUAUUAACUGGCCAACACAAGCUAACUACACUGUAUAUCACACACAGUCUUCCCUGCUGUUCAGAACAAAAUCAAGCUGCGAAAGUUGGAAUCAUGUUUGUAAAUUGAAAAAUCACCUGACACUGACAAUCAUGUACAAUUUUAUUAUUUUAAACAGAUGAAAACAUUAAAUGAUAAAAGUGAUAUUUAUGUGAGGAUUUUUCUGUAUCCUGUAAAAACCUUUUUGGAACAACCAGCAUUUCCUUUCCUUUACUUAAGGUAAUUAAACAAUGGUAAUUAAAACCACAGGCUUCGUCAGAUGCUGGACUAUAUUUAUUCUCUGACUUCUCAUUUGGUGUUUGUGACAGCAAUAAUCUCACUCCAUUACAGGAUGCAUUGUAAAGCUCUCCAGAUGAAGCCUGACAAGCUGUUUGGUGACAGCCACCCUUGGUGUGAUUGAGAUGUCUGUAUGCCCAACAUUAAGCUACUUAGCCUCAUAAGCCAAAGCUUUUCCAGCCCCAAAGCCACAAAUCCUUAUCACUUUGUUUCACACUCUUUCUUCCUUUAUUGUCUCCAACAGUGGUGAAAACAGUAAGUUACAGCUGAGACCUUGUGAGGAUUUUUGAGGAGCCAUUAAUCACCUUGUUCCAGAUUAUAACAUGAAGUCUUAAUCACCAUUUCCAAAAGCACUGAAGAAAAGCACUAAAUUCAGUCUGGAUGAGUUGGAUUUUCUGACUCAAGUAGGGCACGUGAGCACACCUGUGGGCAUGUCAGUCCUCAGUUCUCACUUCUUCCUUCCUGAAUAUGACUGAAGUAGGAAAUUCUGCUGUAGUACAAAAUAUCUUCUGUGAAGCCAGACUAAUGACAUGCUCCUGUGCUAUUAGAAAGUGCAAGCAAUUCUGUUGAUUAUCACAAAUAUAACAGACUCAGUAUAUUUGGAAGGGGUAAUCUGACACUGCCAUGGAGUAAUUGGUUUGUAGUUAGCAGCUGAUGGCACUUUUUAGCAUUCCUCCUCUUCGAAACAAAAUAAAACAUAAUUCCUGUGUAUUAACUCCAUAAAGAUGCAGUGGGAGACCUGCAGUUACCUCUGUGGGAUACUUACAAUUCCACUUGUCACUUUCCAAGAGAUUUUCUUCAGUUACAGCCAUUUACAAGGUCCGACUGAAAUACACUGAUCAAUUUUCCAUUCAGUAGGCAAGGAGAUUGUGCAAGUCCUAGAUCUGUUGGGGUAACACAGCAAGAGAAGCAGUGGCAAAAGAUAUAAAGUCUUGACAACCCCCUGUGGCAGCUGGAAAUAAUUGGGCUCUUAAGGGAUGGCAACCAAACCAACACCUUGGAUUUGUGGAAGGCAAUUCUUUACCUGUGACAUCUUCCUAGCCAAAAGGAUAAAGAAUUAUAGCUUCUUUGGGCAAACUUAAAUCACUGGAGUAUUUUUUUAAAAUUACUGUACCUUGCCUGAAAGAAUCAGCUGUGAGGUUUAAAAUCAACCACUGAACUUUCUUCAUUGUGUUUUGAAUUUUUAGGCUCCCUAAGGACUUAAUAAUUACUUUAAUGAGACACAAUACAUCUUACGAAGUUCAGAAAUCUGUUACACUGAUCUGCCAUGAUGUCUUCUGUGAGGAUGAGAAAAAGACAUAAUACUUAUUUUAUUCAGUUAUCUUUUCUUUUCAGAAGCUUUUCCCAUAAAACUGGAUAAGAGAGAUAGCAAAACCGGGAUCUAGGUCGAUCUGAAAUGUCUCAGAUUGGUAGAAACCUCCUUGGGAUUGUUUGACAAAGAAAAAAACCAGCAGAAUGAGAAGGUGAAGGCCAGAGUAGAAGAGCAGGAUCCUCUGUUUUUCCAAAAAGCUUUUUCCUUUGCCCUGUGUUUUUGUUUUUCCUGAAGACUCUGGUAUCCUGUAAGCAUUUCAGCUCAGGAUGGAAUUAUUAAGAUUUUGUAGACUGGAUAAGAAUUAGACAAAUUACUAAAGUUAAACCAUUAAGCCACAGUAUUACAAUUUAGGUAUUAUCUUACACAGAUGACAGCAACGGUGAGUUGUGGGAUAGAUAUCCUGCUCUGGAGACUGGGAACAAAACCCCAGAAGAAGGUAAGAAUUCUCCUUCAAUUUGUGCCUGGUAAGUUCAGUGCCAGGUUUCCUGUGCAUAGAGAAAUAAAAUUAAAUACCCCACAUGCAAAGGAUUUCUGUAAGUACACGUUAACGAUUACAGAUUUCAUUCUUCUCCUAAGAACACAAAAUCCUUUCAGGUUCUGUAGAAAAGUCAAAGAGAUUUGGUUAAUUCUUCCCUUUUUCUGACUCUUAUAUUCCUUACGAAUUUCUUAACUCAUGUUAACUUUUUUCCCCCCUCUUCCUAUCUCUCCUAUUUAAAAUAAGGGCGACCUUUUGAAGUGAAGAGGUGUCCCCGGAGUAUUUUGGGCACUUGCUGCCCGUGCCCAGCUCCACCCUGGCAGCAGAACUCCCCCUGCACACACACUUUGCCCUUAGUGUUAAUUACCCGCAGUGCCUCCCUGCCGCCUCAGGCUGCCCGGGUGAAGGCAGCGCCCGCUGCUCCCCCCGCCCGCACCUUCACCUUGCGCGCUCUGUCUCGCUUCAAAGGCGCGGCACACCUGUCUGAGGCGGCUCCCAGCGCCUCCCUGUCCCACCUGCGCUCCGAGCCGCGGGCUGUCAGUCCCUCCCGGGCUCAGCUCUGUGUCCCGGACCCGCCGUGCCCGCGGUGCGAGGCCGAGCCCGGCUCCCGCUCCCGGCCCCGUUCGAACGGCCGCCGCCAGCCCGCGCCUGCGCACUGCCCGCCCCGCCGGAGCCCAGGGCGAGGCGAGGCGGCUCGGAGAGACCAGUGAACUACGCGCCCCGUCAUGCCCCGCGCGGUUAGCUCCCCACGGCCGGAGCGAGCGGGCCGCUCGCAGAGCACGCCGGGAGCUGUAGUCCUCUGGCGCGGGGUAUUGUCUCUCCCCUUUCUCUGUCCAGGAACCCGACCGCCACCCCGCCGGGCGAGCGCGGUGACUGACAGCGCCGGGCAGCCAGUCGUCGCAGCGCCGUGCGGCCGAGCCCGGCGCCGUCUCCCCGGUGACCGGGACAGCCGCUGCCUCGGCGGAGUAGCCGGAGUCCCGGGGGACAGAGAUCUUCAUCAGACGGAGUGAUACUCUUGAAACAUGAGAAAAAACUGGACUAAAUAAAAGUUUUCCUAUUUUAGGAAAAAAAAAAAUAAUCCAAAAUGUACAGACCAGGAGAAACGGUCAAACGUCGGCUCAACAUGCACGCUCCUCCACGGAUAAGAAGUGUGGAAGUUGCUCGAGGAAGAGCAGGUUAUGGCUUUACCCUUUCUGGACAAGCUCCUUGUGUUCUUAGCUGUGUGAUGAAAGGAAGCCCUGCAGAUUAUGUUGGUCUUAAAGCAGGAGAUCAGAUAUUUGCAGUGAAUGAAAUCAAUGUGAAAAAAGCCUCACAUGAAGAUGUAGUGAAACUUAUAGGGAAAUGUUCUGGAGUUCUGCACAUGGUCAUUGCUGAAGGGAUUAGUCAUAUGGAUUCAUGUUCAAGUGAUGAAGAAGUUGGUUUUUAUGAUGGUAAGGGGUGGCUGAAACCCAAACCUGACUCUAAAGCUCUGGGUAUAAACAGAGCAGAGAAAGUUGUCGAAGAAAUGCAGUCUGGUGGCAUUUUCAACAUGAUCUUUGAGAAUCCUGCUCUUUGUGCUGGUAACUCAGAUAAUUCUGCAUCAAAACAAAGAUCAUUUUCAGUUUCUGCUGCUAUGAAAUUUGAAACUGGCAAUGAAAGUGCAAGCAAUCCAAACCUACUGUCAAAGGAAGAAAUAGCCAAAGUUCUGAAUGAUGAUUCAGUUUUUAGAAUUGGACUGGAGAGUGCGGAAGACUUUGGGUUAGAUGCAAGUAUUUUGAAUGUUGCCAUGAUUGUAGGUUACUUAGGCUCCAUUGAACUUCCUUCAACAACUGCAAAUUUGGAAACAGAGAGUUUGCAGGCCAUUCGUGGGUGCAUGAGACGCCUGCGGGCAGAGCAAAAAAUCCAUUCCCUGGUGAUGAUGAAGAUAAUGCAUGACUGUAUUCAGCUCUGCAGUGACAAAUCAGGUGUUGUGGCAGAAUACCCUGCAGAGAAACUGGCAUUCAGUGCUGUUUGCCCAGAUGAUAGAAGAUUUUUUGGACUAGUUACAAUGCAGACAAAUGAUGAUGCAAGCUUGGCUCAUGAAGAUGAAGGGGUCCUGAGGACAUCUUGCCAUGUUUUUAUGGUGGAUCCUGAAUUAUUUCAUCAUAAAAUUCACCAGGGUAUAGCAAGACGUUUUGGACUGGAAUGUACAGCGGAUCCAGAUACAAAUGGCUGUCUGGAGUUUCCAACAUCAUCUUUACCUGUCCUGCAGUUUAUUUCUGUCCUGUACAGGGAUAUGGGGGAGCUGAUAGAGGGAAUGCGUGCGAGGGCUUUCCUCGAUGGCGAUGCAGAUGCCCAUCAGAAUAAUAGUACGAGCAGUAACAGUGAUAGCGGGAUUGGAAAUUUCAACCAAGAAGAAAAGAAUAAUAGAGUUCUGGUGGUUGAUUUAGGGACCAAUCCAAGUAAACACAUUCCUAGCAGCAUAUGGGAAAAUCCAGUAGGAAGGGGACAAAAUCAGCCUGCUUCCCAUUGGAAUGGCUUCUGUCAUGAGCAGGAGGGGAGCAUCCCUUUAGAAGUAAUUCAGAAUGAGAAGUCCCAAAAUGUAAGCAAACACUUGAGCCCUUCUGCUCGUAUUGAAGUUCCAUUGGUUUCCUCCCGAAAUUCAGUACCCCCAUCCAAGAAAAACGCUGCAGGCCUGGGCAAUCAGAGGUGGCUGCCUGUGCACGUUUUACAGGAAUGGCAGCAUGGGAAUGCCAGCGACCAGGAGUCGUACACCGACUCCACAGAUGGCUGGUCCAGUGUGAACUGUGGGACCCUUCCCCCCCCAAUGAGUAAGAUUCCAGCUGACAGAUACAGAGUCGAGGGCAGCUUCGGUCAGCCACAGCUAAAAUCUCACAAAAGUGAAUGGUCCAAGAAGAUGUUCUGCAUUCAGAACAAAUUUGGCCCUCCGCACAGUAUCAGGAAAUCUAAAGAAGAUAAAAAGGGUGCAAAAUUUGGACAUUCAAUGGGAUUAAAUCAGGCUGCUCCUCCACGUUCUUCUGCUCGAAGAUCAUUUGGAAGAUCUAAGCGAUUUAGUAUUACUCGCUCUCUGGAUGACCUCGAGUCAGCAACUGUUUCUGAUGGAGAGCUGAAUAGCACUGAGUUGAAAGACUGCAUCAGUGAGAACAGCCUCAGCAGCAAUGCCAGCCUUCCCAGCGUGCAGAGCUGCCGGCGGCUGCGGGAGCGGAGAGUUGCAAGCUGGGCAGUUUCCUUUGAGCGGCUUCUUCAGGACUCUGUUGGUGUUAAAUAUUUUUCGGAAUUUCUGCGGAAAGAAUUUAGUGAAGAAAAUAUUUUAUUUUGGCAGGCCUGUGAAUAUUUUAACCAUGUACCUGCACAUGAUAAAAAAGAGCUUUCUUACAGGGCUCGGGAGAUCUUCAGUAAGUUCUUGUGUAGCAAAGCUACAACCCCAGUUAAUAUUGACAGCCAGGCACAGCUGGCAGAUGAUAUUCUCAAUUCUCCCCAUCCAGAUAUGUUCAAGGAACAGCAGCUUCAGAUAUUUAACUUGAUGAAGUUCGAUAGCUAUACUCGCUUCCUCAAGUCCCCUCUUUACCAAGAAUGCAUCUUAGCUGAAGUGGAAGGACGUCCUCUUCCUGAUCCUCAGCGUGUUCCCAGCAGCCCCACCUCUAAACACAGCGUCAGUUCAGAGAAGUCCAACAUGUCAACACCAAAAAAGCUAAGUGGUAAGUCAAAGUCAGGAAGAUCUUUAAAUGAAGAGUCAGGAGAGGAGGACACUGAGAAGAAAAAGAGGGGAACAUUCUUCUCAUGGUCAAGAAGUAAGAGUUUGGGAAAAUCACAGAAAAGAAGAGAAAAUGGUGAUUAUCCAAACGAUUCUUUUCAGUCCAAUGGAUUGUCCUACAGACGGGAAUCACAAGGCUCCAUGUCAUCCACUGCUAGUCUCGACUUGUCUGAGACCUCAAGGUUGCCUGCAUUUGUGCCAGAUAAAGACAAAUCCCCCAAGUACUGCUGUGUAAACCUUCCGGAUGGCUCAUCGAGCAAAAUGGCUGUGAAAUCGGGGUUCUCCAUCAAGGAGGUGCUCUCUGGGGUCUGUGAGAAACAUGGCAUCAACAUAGCUGCAGUGGACCUCUUCCUAGUUGGAGGUGAUAAGCCCCUGGUAUUGCACCAGGACAGCAGUAUCCUGGAGUCUCGGGACCUGCGCUUAGAAAAACGCACUUUAUUUCGGCUGGAUCUUGUUCCUAUCAACCGGUCAGUUGGUCUGAAGGCGAAGCCCACCAAACCAGUAACAGAGGUCUUAAGGCCUGUUGUUGCAAAAUAUGGUUUAAAUCUUAAUGAACUUGUGGCAAGACUAAGUGGUGAGCAGGAACCCCUUGAUCUUGGUGUCCCUAUAUCUAAUCUGGAUGGUCAGCGGGUUGUUCUAGAUGAAAAAGAGCCAUCAAAGGGUAGAGAGAAACAAAGAGGCGUAUUAGUAAAACAGACUGCAACUGUAUCUUCAAGAAGUCAAGGAUCUACUGGAGAGGGAAGAACUCUAGGAAAGUCUAAUUCUAUCAAAAUGAAAGGCGAAAAUGGAAAAAAUGCUAGGGAAGUCCGGCUGUCAAAGAGAGAAGACUCUAUUGCAAAGAUUGGGAAAAAAAAAAGUCAGAAAAUAAAUUUGGAUGAAGCAGAGGGCAGCAUUGAAAGAAUUGAAGAUCUUCAUGGAAAAUAAAUGUGCUGAAAAUGUACGUUUUAAUAGCAUUGCACUUUCUGACAAAAACUUGUCAAUUUUGGGUUUUUCCCCAAUAGAAUUUUUUGAACUCAUAUCCAAAGCACAAAGUAACAGAGCAGAUGACCAACGUGGACUGCUAAGGAAAGAAGACCUUAUUCUUCCUGACUUUCUUCGUUUACCACCCACUGGACCAGAACCAUCCUCAUCUACACCCGCAGGUCCUAAAGGCCUCGGCAAGCGAGUUUCAAAAAGUGACAGCAGUGAUGGAUGUACAUCACCCAGUGGAAAACAGGAGCCUGUGCAAAACUUUAAUGAAAAUUCAGUAAAGAAAGUGGGUUACUCAGAAAACAAACAUAAGUCUGCUUUGGCAGCACUGCACAGAGAGAAGACUUUCAGUGUUCCUUUUAGUCCUCCAUUGUCUCCAAUUCCGCACGCACAGGAGAGCAACGCCGCGGUGUGGAAAAGGCAGUCGAGAGAGUUGCAGGCUGAAGGCAUUCAGAUGGUAGAUGAUGAGAAUGUGGCAGACUUGACUCUCGUGGCUGAAGGAGAUAUUAGUAGCCCUAACAGCACUUUGCUACCACCGCCACCACCAACGCCACUGUCAGACAUCAGUAAACUCACGGAAGCCAACUAUCCACCCCCAACUCCUUUUGCAGGUAAUCAGGAAAAAUCUGGAUUUCAAAGAUCCAAUUCAGGUAUUUCUAGAUUUUAAUAGUCUUUCCUUUUGGGUAAAACUACUUUUCCUUGGCACUGUUAAUCAGUAUUUGGCACCCAUUAAAACAGCAAAGAAAAUUCUCUCUGCACCUUAAUUUAUUUUUUUUUUAAACCAAAAAAAGAAGGAAAAAAGAUUUUAAUUGCCUUAGUCUGUUAUAACUGUAAUACUUCUGGUUGCCUUUAACAAUGUACUUUUGUUUGGAUUUGGCAUGUAACCAUAAAUGGCCACAUGCAGACAAACCUUUCAAAUACAUCCACGUGCUAUAAUUAUCUCAUUCACCCUCAGAGUACAAAACAGGGUAUCAGCAUUUUGAGCUCCAUAGCACUGUUGUGUUCCAGAUUUUCUGAUCCAUUUCUCAUAAUGAGAUACAUGAUUAGGGUUUGGAAGUUUAAGUACUUUAACAAAACCCCUAAUUAUGUGUUGAAAAUUGCAGUAUUGUUUAUGAUUAAAAUUUUAAAGGGAUAAGCCUCAACUUAGGAUAUAUUUCACUAAUAAAUUUGAUAUUUCUGACGAAAAUAAAAAUGUUAUUUUUUUUAACCCAUACUUUGCUACACAGAGAAAUAGAUUGCAUCUAUAUCACACUUUCUCCCAGAAUAUUCACGUAUCAAGUAGCUUUCUAAUAGAUAAUUUUAAAGAAAAUAUCUAACUUUUUUAGGAUGUUAAGUUUCGUGGUCUAGCAAUAUCACAGAGCAAUAUUAGCCCAAGGCUGAAGUAUGGAAUUUCUUUAUAAACACGGACUCUAGUAAUAAUUGCUACUACCAGAAACAGGAAUUUGAAGACAAUGGGUGUCGUGACAUUGACAUUUACAGUCAUUGUACUGUGCAUUUUAAUGUAAAAUACAAGAAGAGGUAUCUAUGUGCUACAUUUAUUUUUGAUGUUUCACAAACAUAUGGUGCCAUAUUUGUAUGAUCACAUUUCUUUGUGAUGUGGGAAUAUACAUUUUAAUUAUUUAUCUUUUUACACAGAGUAUUUGAUACUGUUCUUUAUCUGUAUGGUUGAUGAUUUGUAAAUACUUCUUUGGUUGUUGGAUGCUUAUAAAUGGCAAUGCAAAUUACUUCAUCCUCUUGGCAUUUUAAAAGCCAAUUCCUUUAUUAGUAGUAUCUGAGAAAUGUUCUAUUAGCGCUACCACUUAAUUUCUGAAACUGAGUAUUAGACGGACUUGUAACCAGUGCCUAUGAAUAACAGAACCACAAAAUGUACUUCAGACAUAUUGAUGUAUAUAUGCAUAGAUUUGUGUUGGUGUCUUUCUGAUAAUAUGUCAAGUGUACAACAUAGGUAUCAAUUUACAUAUUUUUCAGUGAGAACUGUUAAAAAAACCAUUUGCACUUAAAAAAAACUUCAUGAAUUUACAAUAUUUUAAUGCAUGCCAUAAGUUUCUGUGUAACCACUGAGCUGUAGCUUUCCCUUUUCCCACUUUCUACUUUUUACUUUGUAGAAAUCUUUGUGUAGUUUUCACAUGUAUUUUGUAUCCUUGUUCUCUCAGGAGUAAUAAAUUCUAGCUCUAGUUACGCAAA